AUGACCCCAAACAACUGUACCUUCCGCGUCGUGAACGGCCGAGUCGAGAACAAGAAGAACAAGACCAAGGCCCAGAACAGGCAGGCAGAGAAGCUUGCCGACAAGACGACAGACAAGCAGCUGAAAUUUGGAAUAUCUUAA